AUGGAAGGUCCUCAUGGGCAAAGCUUUUUUGCGCCCUUCAGGGCAGGAAGACGAGGAGGACGCCGAGGAGGACGCGGCGGCGGCGGCGGCGGGGCCAUCGCCCAGGGUACCGCUCGUGCUCGCGGCCGCGGUCACGAUGGAUGGAACAUCUGGAUGGCUCCGUCCGGCCAACAAGCCCCCCCUGCCGCCGAGGCCCCUCCCGCCGAGGCCCCCGCCGCCGACGAAGCUGCCGCCGCCGGCCCCGCAGCCACCGCAGCCCCUGCCGCCCAGGCCCCCUCUGGUGCCCCCAAUGCUGGCUUUGCCUUCGGGCAAAUCCCGGUGCCCCUGCGCCCCCGUGCCCCCGAAAAUGAUGUGGAGAUGAAAUAA